UUUUCACUUAUACUAAGGUUUUAUUGUGGACAAAAUAAUGAACUGAAAUGCCUUAUGGCUCUGCUACGGUCUAGUGAAAAAGACAUGUAAGUAGCGUGCGGACAUAUUGUUCGAUCCUCAUUAAGGGGAAGUACAUAGUAUAAAACUUUCAAUGAAUUGAUAAAAAGGCUAAAAGGCAGAAUUGAUAGGAAGUUUUUCCGGUAGUCGAAAUUAAAACUCCUCAGCCAUUCUGAUGUUGUUGAUUUGCUGUUAUUCAAUGUAAAAAGAUAUGAGUAAGUUAAUAUUUUAAACUACAUCGUGUUUUCAAAAUUACGUUAUAACUAUUUCUUUUUGUUAUUGUAAAAGCACAAAAACAAGAAUUUGUGGAAAAUUAUUAUCUAUUGAGACACAGCAGAAUUAAAGAGAAAAAAAGUAUCUUGCAUUUGUCUGAAUCUGGAGUUUAAUGUCUCUAAAGAACACCUCUGCUCUUUGAUGCGAAGAAAGAAAAUUUUACUUGCAUUUGUGGCUAUCCUGAUAUGUCUAACCUUAUUUUUCAACAGCUUAAUUCGUGAAGUAACUUUCUAUUUUCCAAUUUUAUCUGUGCAACAAAAUGUCUGUGAUGUAUCAAGUUUGCAUUUGAGGAUAAGCAAUCAUCAUUUGACUACCAUUGCGCCAAACAAAUGUUGGCAUGGAGAUGCGGUCUAUGGAAACUUUUGUGUUAUUUCACCAUAUUCUCAAAGAGCCACAGAAGAAGACGCAUCUGUAACAUUAACAACGCAAGGCACAGUUGAGUACCUCCAUCAUGUCGUAGUACUUUGCCGAAGAUGGGCUGGUCCCAUAUCUGUAGCUGUAUUCACCCCACCAGACGAUUAUUCUGCAGCAAGACAAGUUGCCGACAGGCUCAGGGAUUGUGAUUUUUGUAUUCGACGCUGGGUGUCGUGGCAUUUCUUUCACUACAAUGUCCCUAUGCCUUCGUACAUGGACACGGAAAUCCCCAAGGACUGUAAAUUUCUCACCCAAGACCAAAAGACAAAAAAGCGAAGGUCUGACGGUAUCUAUCCAAUCAAUGUUGGACGAAAUUUAGCGAGGGCAAAAACCAAUACACCGUAUGUGUUUCCAAUAGAUAUAGAACUCUAUCCAAGUGCUGGUAUUUUGCCUAAAUUUGAAAGAAUGCUCCACAGUAUUAAUCUUUCAGAGGGUUUGCAUGUUUGGGUAUUACCAGUUUUUGAAGUUUUUUCAAAAUACAGAGCUCCAAUAACGAAAGGUGAACUGAAAACUAUGUUUGCAAAAAAGCAAGCUAUUUCCUUUCAUCAGUAUAGAUGUAAUAUCUGCCAUAAAAUACCCAACCUUACACAAUGGAUAAACAAUGAGGAAUCUUACCAGUCUGAAGUUACGGAAUCUUUGGAGGCUUUGAAAGUAUGGACAACGGUUAAACGUAGCAAGAAAUACCAACUCCAUGUUUGGGAGCCGUUCUUCAUUGGAACUCGAGAUGAUCCCGAAUUCGAUAUACGCUUGUCCUGGGAGGGGAGACAGAACAAAAUGCAAGUUGCCUUUGAAAUGUGCCUCAUGGAUUACAACUUUCACAUAAUAGAAAAUGCGUUUUUAGUUCACUCUCCGGGAAUCAGCAUCUACAAUGCCUCUGAGGAAAAAUUCAGAGACAAGUAUAGUGUUCAAAAUAACAAAUUAAUUUCAACAAUAAGGAAGGAUUUAAUCAAGAAAUAUGGUCCAAAUAAAGAUUGCUGAGUUACUUGUGUUAUUUAAUAAGUUAUUAGUGUUAAUUGUCUGAGAUACUUGUUUUAUACUUCUGGUAUGUUGUAACAUGAAACUGUCUCUGAAGGUGGCAAAUUAUUUAAAGAUUCAUAAGCAACCAUUUAGUGUUCUAUUUGUACUAUUAUUAUUUAGUAAAAAAUCUUUUUUUCUUUGCUUAACUUAUAAAGAGCAAAUAUCAGCAUUUAAAUAUGAUUUGAACCAAGAUUAUGUGACAUAUCCAACAACUCUUAAACUUUAUGAAUUGUUAAUAAAUAAAAAAAGGCUAAUCUAAAAUAACAGUUCUGUUAGUAAUUUCUAAGUUUAAUUGGUCCAUUCAAUAUAUAAUAACUAAGAAAUGUCACAUACUCGCAACUUCGCAGAAUAGUUUUAAGAAAUAUUGACGAAACGAGACUCAUUGAAGCAAUUACGUCACUCAUUUAAAAGCUUGGUUUUCAUUACGAAUGGACGACGUAAGAAAUUUUAUAUCGUAUUAUAUUUGUUGAACAUCGUGAUGUAUCAUAUAUUUUCCUUUGAAUCAAAACUACACAAUCAGUAUAAAAUAAACAAAAGAAAUAAACCUUUGACAAUAGAAACUGGUAGUUAUAAAAAAAUGCUUUUAUAGCAUCAGUAACAUCGUUUAAUUUUUUAUUUAAAAAAAAUAAAGAUGCAUUGACUUAGGAAGGAAUUCUCAAAAUAAUAAUAAGCUCAAUUAAACAAUAAGAUUUAAUUAAAAACUACUUGAGAUUUAUUGGUCAAAAAAUACAAAGUUCUAUUAAAGUAUUUUUCUUACAUGCAUUGUAAAAUGAAAUUUUUAAAAAAUAAAGGAAUAUGAGUAAAAAGUAAAAGAAAUGUAAUUAUGCACUUAAGUGAAAGUUUUAAAUGAUUUGGGGACAAAAAAGAGCUUUUAAAGCAACUCUAGACACUUUUUAUUUAUUUAUUAGAAAUAAUGAAGUUGAAUUUACUAAUCUACACUUAAUAAGUGUAAAAAUAAAUGUAGACUUUGUUUCAUUUAUUUAUUAUUUUUUUAAGAAACAAAAUUGACUUAAAAUUUAGUUUAAGAAUAAUACUGAAUUGCUGUCAAAAUAUUUAACUAACAUACAUUGAAAGAAAAUUUAAAAAAAUAAAAAAUAAUAAAAUUGACGGUACUAUUGUCAAAAUACUUUUACGAUACUUUUAAAACAUUAAAACAUCGCUCAUAUUUUUAUUUAAUAAAAAAAAUGUCAUUUAAACUGAUAGCCAAGCUCUUAAAAAAAAUAACGCUUUGUUUCAUUUUUUUUCGAGAAAAAAAAUCAAAAAAUCUGUAGAAUUAAAAUUAAUGAUAAAUUCUUUUGAAAAAAAUUUUAACCUGCAUGCAUUGAAAAAUUUAGGAAAAAAUAUUACGAAAUUUUUUUUUGAAAAUUAACGAAAUGCACUUAAAUAAAGAUACAUCAAAUGAUUUUUUAAUUAAAACCCUGCAAGUCUUACUAAAAAUAAUCUUCAAGAAACGUUGAUAAAUCUUGAUUUAAAAAAAAAUGCCACGAAAUAAUACACAGAGAUGGCAAAGUAAUAGCACUAUUGAAAAUAAUUUUCAAAAAGCUAUGUAAAAUAUGUGAAAAUAAAUAAAGAUGCAAAAAGAAAUAAAAUACGUUGCGUUCUACAUUCUGAUGUUGAUCCGUGCAUGAAACAAAGACUUCGCUGUAGGCCAUUCAAAAUUACGAAACGAACAUCGUCUUAGUAGCUAAACGAAAUCGAAAUCGUCUUAGUUAGAGAGCUAACAGCUGUAGAGUGAGCAAGGAUCCUCGUAUGCUUAAUCUUUACAUCGCGAGGGCCUUCUUAUAUCAGCGGCUUAAGUCAGAGUUCAUAUGUAUCGCGAAAAGCACUAUAUCGGCGUAACGAUGUAUACGUUAAAUCGAUAUUUGCAAUUUAUAGCUAGAUGGCCAGCCCUAGUCAUCAUAGGUAAAUCAUUAAAUGCCAAAUUAUUUCCAACAAGUUACAUGCCAUUGACAUGUAUAACAUAUUAUAACAUUUUAUGAUACAAGUAGAUACUUUUAUUAAGACCUCAAAUUAUUCAACCAUGGUGUAAUAAUUUAAUAAUAAGUAUGUCAUUUAUAAUAUAUAAGAUGAAAGUCUCUCGAUUUUAUAAAAUUACUAAAAAUGCAUUGUCAGUAAUUAUAAUUAACUGCAUUUUCUAAACAUAUUAAUUACUGCUUUUAUUAUUAAAAGGCAAGUAAGUUCUAUACUUUAUAGAAAGAUUUUGUAUAGAUUAUAUUUAUUAAUUUUUAAAUUCAACAAGUUUACUAUUUAAGAAGAUUGCUAUUUUGUUAAAUUUUUAUUUGACACUCAUUAUGACGUCUCAUUUACUAUAUGUAUUUACAUUAGUUAAUAAAUUGUUACAAUUUUGUUUA